GGUUAGGUCCCUGCCGUCAGAAACUACCCAGGGGGGAGGGGCUAUAGUAGGUCUCUGCUAGGAGAACAGGGGUAAUGACUAGUGUGGUUUUCAGUGAUUUGACCAGUGACUUGCCUAUGUUUAGUACAGUCACAUUUCUAAUGAUACUCUUGGCCUUGCUACCUCCACCAAAUAUUGGCCAAUUCUAGCGAUGUACUUGCUUAUCGGAUUUUAGUCUACUGUCAGACCCAAAUCUGAUACCUCUUCCAGUUUUUGCAAAAUCAGUAGGAUUUGACUUUACAAAGAGGCAGUAAAAGAUUGCCAUUGUUUAAGACAAAUGCCAGUUGAGGUCUCAUGGAUUUGUCCCCAAGGUGUCCACAAGAGUCUUGAUUUUUAGCUGUUACCUGUGAGAUUGUACUUAACCGCAUGAGCUGUAGCUUUAUGGAGGCUCUUUGACCUACAGAUUACGCAUGAUGAAAGGACUAAAUUUUGCUGUCCAGGAAAUUGGUGAAACCUCACUUGACAUCAUUUGUGCAGCUCCUAAAUCCAGUGUCUGUAAAGGGCAUUAGAUCCAGUGUGGCAGUCCUACAUUUUGUUCCUCUUCAGGACCAAGAAAUUAGAAGAAGGUUGAGCUAUUUCUCAGGUCAUGAUUUUCCUGUUUGGGAAAUUAGACGGACUUAAGAUCUGACAAGCAGUAUCCUUAACCUCUGAAAGGUGCUGGGAAAAUCCACUGCUGAAGCCAGAGUCUUCUGAGAUGAAAGUUUCCGAGCUUACCACCCUAGCUCUAUGAUCCUGUGUUCUCCAGGCCAUAUUGCACUUGGGAACAAAGAAUCCUGGCUGUUCUAGGAGUGAGCCACUAGGAUUAUCUAUGAAAGAGUUAAUGUCCUUUUUGGAAGUUGACUUCAAGAGGUCGUGCAACAUUAAAGGUGUUUCUUCUAAGACCUACCCCUGCAGCUCCAGGCACUUUCUGUUUUGGGAAGAGCUGCAUUGAUGGCUGAAGCUGGGUGAUGGCUCAAGCAGCAUCCUUGGAGAAUUAAAGGUUUCCCCAUGAACAUGGGCACCUGACCAUGAUCCCCUCUCUCACCUCAGAAGAGGUCCUGCCCUAGAAGUGGAUAGGAAGGUACUGGUCAGCAAGAGCUAAUCCUGACAAACUAUUGCCUAUUAUGUUAGGCCUUGUGGCCCAUGAGUCCAAGGCCCUGCCCUUACAGCCCACAAUCAGACACAGCAAAGGGUGGUGUCAAGAAACCUCCCGUUCCACUCAACUGCAGGUUGGUUUGGGAUUACUGUGCCUGAACCCCAGUAGGUUGCGCUAUCCUCUAUGUAUAUGUGUGGUUCUUAAGACAUUUUAGGGAUAGUUGCAGGUAGAAGAGACAGAAAUGUGUGCGGAGCCCAGGGGAGCUGCAUGCUUAGGUUCUCAAGAGUUGGCCAUCCCAGACCCGUCUCGAGAUGCCAUGAUGGAGAAUUACGAUUUAUCUGUUGGAGGAGAUAGUACCGCCAAAAGACGAAAUUGGGGCUAAAUAAGGCAGCCUCUCAGGGUUGGAGUGAUAGCACAGCGGGUAGGGUGUUUGCCUUGCACGCGGCCGACCCGGGUUCAAAUCCCAGGAUCCCAUAUGGUCCCCUGAGCUGCCAGGGGUGAUUCCUGAGUGCAUGAGCCAGGAGUGACCCCUGUGCAUUGCUGGGUGUGACCCAAAAAGCGAAAAAAAAAAAAAGCAGCCUUUCAGUGCUAGUUCCCACUUUGCUUCAGUCAGCAAAGACCACCGUGACACCCAGAGCCCAGGAAGGCCUAGGCUGGGAUCUGAUUAGUAGGAGAUGCCCAGAUCACCAUCUCGCGAGGCGUCUCCGCUAAGUUCUGAGGUAUACUGACCGCACGGUGGCGCCAGAGUUCGCUCUUGAGCCGCGCCUAGGCUACCGGUGUGUAGGAUGGCGCGGACUAAUGACGUACUCCGGCGCAGCCGUCGCCCCGCCCGCUACGCAAUCACGUGGGGGGGCGGCGCAGCCUGAUAACGCAAGGCCCCGCUCCUGGGCGCCACUCCUGCCCCGCCCCGCCGACACCGCGGUGCCGAGUCCUUUUGUCCAAGAUGGCGGCGCCGGGGGCGCUGCCUCCUCAGCCGCGGCUGCCGCCGCCGCCGCUGUGAAGGGCCUGCGGGCCGCCCGCCCGCCCGCCGCGCCGGCGCCAUGAAGAGACAGAGCGAGCGAGACUCCAGCCCGAGCGGGCGCGGCUCGUCGUCGUCAGCCAAGCGGCCGCGGGAGCGCGAACGGGAGGCGGAGGCGGGCGGGCGGCGGGCGGCGCACAAGGCCUCGGGCGGCGCCAAGCACCCCGUUCCAACGCGGGCCCGCGACAAGCCCCGCGGGAGCGGCGGGGGUGGACAUCGCGACGGACGCGGUGCCGGGGACGCGAACCAUCGUGCCAGCAGCGGCCGCUCCUCGGGCUCCGGCGCCGGCGGCGGGGGACGCGGGGGGAAGGCCUCGGGGGAUCCGGGCGCCUCAGGCUCGUCGCCACGGGCGUCCCCGCUGCCGCCGCCGCCGCCGCCCGGGGCCGAGUCCGCGGGUCCCGGCUCGUCAGCCGCAGCGCCCGAGUACAAGACGCUGCUCAUCAGCAGCCUGAGCCCCGCGCUGCCCGCCGAGCAUCUCGAGGACCGGCUCUUCCAUCAGUUCAAGCGCUUCGGCGAGAUCAGCCUGCGCCUGUCGCACACCCCCGAGCUGGGCCGCGUGGCCUACGUGAACUUUCGGCACCCUCAGGACGCACGCGAGGCCCGCCAGCACGCCCUGGCCCGCCAGCUGCUGCUGUACGACCGCCCGCUCAAGGUGGAGCCGGUUUACCUGCGCGGCGGCGGCGGCGGCGGGAGUAGCCGGCGGAGCAGCAGCAGCAGCGCCGCCGCCUCCACGCCGCCCCCGGGACCGCCCACGCCCUCCGACCCUCUUGGCUACCUGCCUCUGCACAGCAGCUACCAGUACAAGCAGCGCUCCUUGUCCCCCGUCGCCGCCCCGCCGUUGCGGGAGCCCCGCGCCCGCCACACUGCCACAGCCUUUGCCUUGGACGCUGCUGCCGCAGCCGCUGUAGGCCUGUCCCGAGAGCGGGCUCUGGAUUACUACGGGCUGUAUGACGACCGCGGGCGCCCUUACAGCUAUCCGGCCGUGUGUGAAGAGGACCUGAUGCCCGAGGAUGACCAGCGGGCUACGCGCAACCUCUUCAUUGGGAACCUGGACCACAGUGUGUCUGAGGUGGAGCUGCGACGGGCCUUCGAGAAGUACGGCAUCAUCGAGGAGGUGGUCAUCAAAAGGCCUGCACGAGGCCAGGGUGGUGCUUAUGCCUUCCUCAAGUUCCAGAACCUGGACAUGGCCCACAGGGCUAAGGUGGCCAUGUCAGGCCGGGUGAUUGGCCGCAACCCCAUUAAGAUAGGCUACGGCAAGGCUAACCCCACCACUCGCCUCUGGGUGGGUGGCCUAGGACCCAACACCUCACUUGCGGCUUUGGCCCGGGAGUUUGACCGCUUUGGAAGCAUCCGGACCAUAGAUCACGUCAAAGGUGAUAGCUUUGCCUAUAUACAGUACGAGAGCUUGGAUGCAGCCCAGGCCGCCUGUGCUAAAAUGAGGGGCUUUCCCUUGGGUGGUCCAGACCGAAGGCUGCGUGUGGAUUUUGCCAAAGCAGAGGAGACUCGGUAUCCCCAGCAGUACCAGCCCUCCCCUCUCCCUGUGCACUAUGAACUUCUCCCAGAUGGAUAUAACCGGCAUCGAAACCUGGAUGCUGACCUACGGGUGCGGGAUAGGACCCCUCCACACCUUCUGUAUUCAGACCGGGACCGGACCUUUUUGGAAGGGGACUGGACCAGCCCCAGUAAAAGCUCUGACCGCCGAAACAGCUUAGAGGGCUACAGCCGCUCUGCACGCAGCCGGAGUGGUGAGCGUUGGGGAGAUGGGGACCGGGGCCUGCCCAAGCCCUGGGAGGAGAGGCGGAAGCGGAGGAGCCUUUCCAGUGACCGUGGGAGGACGACCCACUCCCCUUAUGAGGAACGGAGCAGGACCAAAGGGGGUGGACAGCAGGCAGAUCGAGCCUCUGACCGAACUCCUGAGCGCAGUCGGAAGGAAAACCACUCAGGCGAAGGGACCAAGGAGUGUAGCGGCAACUCCCUCAGCAACAGCAGACACGGGGCUGAGGAGCGGAGCCACCACCACCACCACGAGGUUUCAGACUCUUCUCAUGGGAAGAAAGCAAGAGAGAGCGAGCGCAAUCAUCGGACCACGGAGGCUGACCCCAAGCCUCUAGAAGAGCCAAAACAUGAGACCAAAAAGCUCAAGAAUCUUUCAGAGUAUGCCCAGACACUGCAGCUGGGGUGGAAUGGGCUUCUAGUGUUGAAAAACAGCUGCUUCCCAACAUCUAUGCACAUCCUAGAAGGAGACCAAGGGGUCAUUAGUGGGCUCCUCAAGGACCACAUUUCUGGGAGUAAGCUGACACAGCUGAAGAUUGCCCAGCGCCUUCGACUGGACCAGCCCAAGCUUGAUGAGGUUACCCGGCGCAUCAAACAGGGGAGCCCCAAUGGCUAUGCAGUGCUCCUAGCCACCCAGGCCACCUCUAGUGGACCUGGCACUGAAGGGAUCCCCACGGUGGAGCCAGGCCUACAGAGGCGGCUUCUCAGGAACCUGGUUUCCUACUUAAAACAGAAGCAGGCGGCAGGGGUGAUCAGCCUGCCAGUGGGUGGGUCCAAGGGCAGAGACAGCACAGGCAUGCUCUAUGCCUUCCCACCCUGUGAUUUCUCACAGCAGUACCUCCAGUCAGCACUAAGGACAUUGGGCAAGCUAGAAGAAGAACAUAUGGUGAUAGUUAUAGUAAGAGACACUGCCUAGCCCAAAUCUGUCUUUUCCAGCCCAUGUUUGUGUCACAAAAGCAGUUACUUUAAAAUCUGACAUCCCCUCCCCACUCCCUCCUUGGUUUGAAUUCUCUGCUGGGUUAUUUUGAUUUCUUUGGUGGGGGCCAAAGUCCUGUUCAUCAUCAAAACUAAGUUAAGUUUUGGUAUUUUUUUUUUAAUAUAGCGCUGAGAAGGGACUCCUGUCUGUUGAUUUCUAGUGUAAGAGAUACUGUCUGCUGUGUUCUGUAUUUUUUUAUUUUUUAUUUUUUGACUAACUGUAUGGAAAGUUGUGAGUAAAGCUUUUGUCAGAGGA